AGCCUUAGGUCCAUAUGUCUGCAGAUCUGCCAUCCACAAGGCUCAAAACGUUGGUUAUUCUGGAUUUUUUGUGGUAUUUUCUGUACUUUCCUAAUCUCACUAACCUGCCUGUCUGUGUCCCAAUGGAUGUAACUAAUAUAAAGUAACAUUCCUUAUAUAGAGAACAGUGCUGAGGUCUCUCCAGGUUCCUAUAAGGUGUCAGGACGUGGCGGUCUAUUUCUCCAUGGAGGAGUGGGAGUAUGUAGAAGGACACAAGGAUCAGUACAAGGAUCAGGUGAUGAUGGAGGAUCAGCAGCCCCUCACAUCAGCAGUCAGAUCCAGUAAGAGAACAGCAGCAGAGAGGUGUCCCCGUCCUCUUCUUCCACAGGAUCAGGAUCAGCUUAUGGAUCAGGAUAAAGAUCUGAACUAUAUUAAUGCUACAGACAUAAAGGAAGAAGAGACAUAUGUGAGCGGUGAUGAUCAGUCUAAGGAGGACAUUCCUACAGGGAAAAAUAGGAUCUAUAUUAAUGCUACAGACAUUAAGGAAGAAGAAGAGACAGAUGUGAGCGGUGAUGAGCAGUAUAAGGAGGACAUUCCUACAAGGAAAAAUAUGAUCUAUAUUAAUGCUACAGACAUAAAGGAAGAAGAGACAGAUGUGAGCGGCGAUGAGCAGUAUAAGGAGGACAUUCCUACAGGGAAAAAUAUGAACUAUAUUAAUACUACAUAUAUAAAGGAAGAAGAGACAGAUGUGAGCAUUGAGGAGCAGUAUAAGAAAGACAUUCCUGCAGAGAAAGAUCUCAUCCGUGUUAAUGCUAUAGACAUAAAGGAAGAAGAAGAAGAGACAGAUGUGAGUGGUGAUGAGCAGUAUAAGGAGGACAUUCCUACAGGUAACCCCCAAGGUGUACAUUGGACAGACUAUGCAGGAGUUGCGUAAGCGUAUCCAGAAAGAUUGGUCUACUAUAUCCUUGGCGGAGAGGGAUUUCAGGAGAGAUCACACACUGAAGUCGGUGGCAGCACACUUCCG